GACUAGAGUACAGGUCCAGAGGGGAAGGCCGCAAGGAAGGAGGAGGAGCAAGAAGUGGCGGAUGGAAGAGAGAAGGAAACGGAAGGCACGGGAGAAGGAGAACCAGGAAAAGCGGCGGAAGAAGGCAACCGAGUGGAGGAGCAUGGGAGAGAAGAAAGCGAGGGAGGGGUGGUGGAGAAGGAGACGGUGGAAGAGCAAGUGGAAUGGGGGGAAAGUGCCCUGGUGGAAGAGAUGAGGGGUAUGGUGGAGGAGGUGGCGGUGGGGAGAGUGGUAUCUCUCCACUGCCGCCAGCACCAAAGAAGAGAGUGAAGAGGAGGGUGCGAUUGGCCGACAGUGAGAGAGAGGGGAUGGCCAAGAGAGCGAUGGGGCUGGGAGAAACCUCUAGGUUGCUGCUGGUUUCCCCAGGCCCUCAACUUCUGUUGGGUGGGGACACACCUAACAAGACCCAGGACUGGGUACAGGAGGAGGUGGGGAGUUUUUUGUUUUUGGACUCAGCCUCCCCUAUUUUUUUCCAAACCAGCUGCAGUGCUGGGGAGGGGGAGGAGUGUGGGAGUAGACCCAGGGUGCAGGGCACCCCGGAGCCAAACACUAUUCCUGCAUCCUGGGUUGGCGAGAUGCAGGAAGAGACGUCGGGAGUACGGAUGGUGUUAUCACCGGUAGAUAUGGAGCAGGGGAACAUCGGUAAAGAAAACCGUUACAGAAUCACCCACCACAACCGGACCAAGCGGCGUUGUGACAGGCAGCGGCAGCAGGAGCAGUGCGAGGAGUACUGGACAUGGGAGGAUGAGUUGGAUGGAAAAGGACCCUGGGCACAGCCUGGAGAAUAUCGCCGCCCCAAAGUAGAGCUGGAGGCGACGAAGGCGGAGAGGCGUUGGUAUGAGGAGGCAGCACGGCGGCGUGGAUGGAAGCCCGAGAGUCAGCCCCAAAAAUGUAUUGGUGGGGGCUCACUGGAAGUAUGGCGAAGCCAGGUAGGAGACCUGCGCCAACUUCCUGUGGUUACCGGGGGGCUAGAGAGACCGGGCAGGCACCAUGUUACACGGUGUCCCCAGUGCGGGUACAUAGCCCGGUGCGGUACAUACCAGCUCCGCGUAUCGGCCGGGCUAGAGUGGGCAUCGAGCCAAGUGCCAUGAAGCCGGCUCUACGCAUCUGGUCCCCAGUGCGUCGCCUUGGGCCGGCUUACAUGGCACCAGCCUUGCGCAUGGUGUCCCUGGUUCGCCUGCAUAGCCCAAUGCGGGCUAUUCCACCUCGCUCACUGGCAGGGCGACCGGGACCAUUCAACUGGGCAGAGCUCCAGUGCGCCUGCAUGGUCCGGUCUAUCCGGUACCACCUCCACGCACCAGACCUCCGGUGGCUGCCCCCACACCAGGCUGUUUCUCCGUUUCAUCCCUACAGCUGCUCCUGCCUGUCCAGCGCUGUCAGAGCCUCCCUCCUCUCCAGCGCUGUCGGAGUCUCCCUCCUCUCCAGCGCUGCCGGAGUCUCCCACCUGUCCAGCGCUGCCAGAGUCUCCCGCCUGUUCAGCGCUGCCAGAGCUCCCACCCCUCAGUCCAGAGGCGCUAGAGCCCCUCAUUCCAGAGGCGCCAGAACUACUCAGUCCAGCGCUGCCAGAGCCUUCCUCUCCAGCGUUGCCGGAGCUUCCCGUCUGCCCAGCACCAUCUGAGCUACCCGUCUGCCCAGCGCCAUCAGAGUGGCCAGUCUGCCCAGCGCCGCCUGAGCCACCCGUCUGCCCAGCGCCGCUAGUGCUGCCAGUCUGCCCAGCGCCAUCUGAGCUACCAGUCUGCCCAGCGCCGCUAGUGCUGCCAGUCUGCCCAGCGCCAUCUGAGCCACACGUCUGCCCAGCGCCGCUAGUGCUGCCAGUCUGCCCAGCGCCGUCAGAGUCGCCAGUCUGCCCAGCGCCAUCUGAGCUACCCGUCUGCCCAGCGCCAUCUGAGCUACCCGUCUGCCCAGCGCCAUCUGAGCUACCCCUCUGCCCAGCGCCAUCUGAGCUACCCGUCUGCCCAGCGCCGCCUGAGCCACCCGUCUGCCAAGCGCCGCCAGUACCUCCAGUCUGCAAGGGGCCGCCAGCCCCUGCCCCUCUGUCCAGAGCUUCCGCCCCUCUGUCCCGAGCUGCCCCUCAGUCCAGUGGGGUCAUUUAGUAGGGUCGCCGUGGUUAGGAGGCCACGGAAGCGGACAAGGUGGCGGACUAAGACUAUGGUGAAGUGGGGGCCACGUCCAGCACCAGAGCCGCCACAGCGGACAGAUGCCCACCCAGACCCUCCCCAAUAAGUUCAGGUUUUGCGGCCGGAGUCCGCACCUUGGGGGAGGGGGGGGGGUACUGUCACACCCUGACCAUAGUUUGCUUUCUAUGUUUCUAUGUUUUGUUUGGUCAGGGUGUGAUAUGAGUGGGCAUUCUAUGUUGGAUGUCUUGUUUGUCUAUUUCUAUGUCUGGCCUCAUAUGGUUCUCAGUCAGAGGCAGGUGUUAGUCAUUGUCUCUGAUUGGGAACCAUAUUUAGGUAGCCUGUUUGGUGUUGGGUUUUGUGGGUGAUUGUUCCUGUCUCUGUGUUAGUUUGCACCAGUAUAGGCUGUUUAGGUUUUCUCGUUACGUUUAUUGUUUUUGUACUGUUCGUGUUCUUUUUUCAUUAAACAUGAAUCUAAAUAGCCACGCUGCAUUUUGGUCCUCUCCUUCGACUCAAGAAAACCGUUACAGCAUGUCGUUUUUCAGCUCUGUUAGCAGUGUGUUGAGUCUGCAUGUCCGUUUUUCAGCUCUUCUAGCUGUGUGUUGAGUCUGCAUGUCGUUUUCAGCUCUGUUAGCAGUGUGUUGAGUCUGCAUGUCGUUUUUCCACUCUGUUAGCAGGAUUGAGUCUGCAUGUCAUUUUUCAUCUCUGUUUGCAGUGUGUUGAGUCUGCAUGUCGUUUUUCAUCUCUGUUAGCAGUUUGUUGAGUCUGCAUGUCGUUUUUCAGCUCUGUUAGCAGUCUGUUGAGUCUGCAUGUCGUUUUUCAGCUCUGUUAGCAGUCUGAGUCUGCAUGUCGUUUUUCAGCUCUGUUAGCAGUCUGUUGAGUCUGCAUGUCGUUUUUCAGCUCUGUUAGCAGUGUGUUGAGUCUGCAUGUCGUUUUUCAGCUCUGUUAGCAGUGUGUUGAGUCUGCAUGUCAUUUUUCAGCUCUGUUAGUAACGUUGAGUCUGUAUGUCGUUUUCAGCUCUGUUUGCAGUGUGUUGAGUCUGCAUGUCGUUUUUCAGCUCUGUUAGUAACGUUGAGUCUGCAAAGUUCUAGAGCUCUCAGCAGUAUGCAGAGAGCAGAACAGGAAGACAGAUGACUGGGGUGUGUGGGGGCGCUGCUGCAGUCCCCCCUCCGCCUCGCUCCACCCUACCUCCCCCACCCCUUCACUCCUGUUCUGAGCCAACACAUGCCCUUACAGUGACACAGCACAAUUGCAACCAGCUGCUGCUGUUUACCCAGAGCCCGGCCGUAGCUGCAUUGGCAUGGCAAUGGAUCAACGCUAGGGCCUGCCAGGCAGGACAGGGACCCCAAG